AAGCCAGACAAUACCGAUCCAACUCUCGGUCUUACUUUAUCAACUAAACCCCUGGAGUCAGGCCAUGGAAACAGGCGCUCACUGCCCUGUUCAUUCGCCUUGAGUAAAACUAUUUCCGAUCAUAUCGAUCGUGAUGGUUCCAAUCAUUCUGGGUCGGUCGCCCUCAGUCCUUUCUCUACACGCGGCCCACUAACUCACAGUCAGCCGUUCACAGACUUUCCCAUACAAGCUGGCAGUCUUGACGAACUAGUGGAUGCACCAGUAUCCAACGUAGCUGUCCAACCCGGCACUUCCAAUCUAGCGAAUGACAAAGAGGUUACAUCUGUAGUUGCCGCCAAGCUCGUUCCCUUACCUCAUCUGACAAGCAAGCUGGCCGAUGUAUCCGCAACGACGUCUGCGGAUCUCAACGCUGAGUCUCCGCUCGGGCAAACUAACACUCUGCAAGUUGCUUCGUCUAGGCAAAUCGGAAAGACGAAUGAAUUGAUGGCCAACGUAAGCUGCCUUAUCUGGACUAGCUCUACCGUUGGGAAAGUUAAGUAA